AUGUCGUCCACUAGGUCAAAUGCACGCCUCAUUAGGUUUGGUGUGUUUGCCUUGAUCCUUAUUGGAUGCGGUUACAUCCUCACCAGAGGCUCUUCAUUCCAGCCACCAAGCUACACCCUGGGCGGUAGUGGCUCAUCGACUUCUACAACCACCCCAGCACAGAAUGCCAACAAGGGCGCAGCCGCUGUUGCCGACCCCAACUUGGCCAACUAUAAGAAGAAGGAUUUGGGUCCAUUGCCUAAAUUUAUUGCUUUUGAAGGCCAAGAUCCACAACAAGUUCCCCAAAAAAACAUUGACCCCACCACUUACUCACCAAAGGACAAGGUGAAGGCUACAUUUGUCUCAUUGGCUAGAAACAGUGACUUGUACUCUCUUGUGGAGUCCAUUAUUCAAAUUGAAGAUAGGUUUAACAAGAAGUACCACUAUGACUGGACUUUUUUGAAUGAAAAGGAGUUUUCACAAGAGUUUAAAGAUACUGUGUCCAAUUUGGUUAGUGGAAAGUGUAACUUUGGUUUUAUUCCCAAGGAGCACUGGUCAUACCCUGAAUGGAUUGACCAAGAAAAGGCUGCAUUGGUUAGAGAACAAAUGAGAGAAAAGAAGAUUAUUUACGGUCACUCUGAAUCAUAUCGUCACAUGUGUAGAUUUGAAAGUGGAUUCUUUUGGCGUCAAGAUGUCUUGAAGGACUAUGAGUACUAUUGGCGUGUGGAGCCAGACACCAAGAUUUACUGUGACAUUGACUAUGACGUCUUUAAGUGGAUGAAGGACAAUGGCAAGGAGUAUAGUUUUACCAUUUCACUUCCCGAGUAUAAGGAGACCAUUCCUACCUUGUGGAAAACCACCAAGGAGUUUAUUGAAAAGAAUCCACAAUACUUGGCACCAAACAAUAUGAUGGAGUGGGUCUCUGACGAUAAAGGUGAAUCAUAUAAUGGAUGCCACUUUUGGUCCAAUUUUGAGAUUGGCUCAUUGAAUUUCUGGAGAUCUGAUCCUUACAAGAAGUACUUUGAGUACUUGGACAAGGCUGGUGGAUUCUUUUAUGAGCGUUGGGGUGACGCACCAGUUCACUCUAUUGCAGCUGCAUUGUUUUUGCCUAGGGAAAAGAUUCAUUUCUUUGAAGAUAUUGGAUACUUUCACGUGCCAUUCCACAAUUGUCCAGUUGACCCUGAGAUUAGAAAGGAAAGACGCUGCCACUGUAACCCAGACAAGGAUUUCACUUGGAGAGGCUACUCGUGUACUACAAAGUAUUAUACUAUUAACAAUUUUAAGAGACAAAAGCAUUGGGAAAAGUACACUCAAUAA